AUGUUGCCCCCAGACAGUCACGGUGCCAGUCAAGGUGUACAGCCCUUCAAGAAACAGAGGAUAGACAAAGGGAAAGGAAUCGACCAGUCUGUUGGCGAUAGCAGUUGGAAUCAUUUUGCCCAGGGCUCAUGUUCCCGUGCAUCUGCACCAUCAAUCGCGAUCGACGAGAUGGACGAUGACGAUGAGUUCUUAACAUCACAAGCACUCUCAGCGUUGAAAGGUGAUACAACAGACUCUACCCACAUGUCUGAGGAUUCGGAAGACGACGACCUACCUCUAACAAUCAGUCCACUUCCAGCUUGCGGUCAUCAUGAUGUGGGCUGGAGUUCUCACGUUCUGAUUCAGAUGGACAUCGAAGAUUCCUCUCCGCAUAGUGAUGCUCGCGACCUUGUCCAGUCGAUCAAUGGGAUGUAUCGGGUCCUGGAUUUGAUCAGUGAACAAGGGAGUGGUGGGCUAGUGGACAAAGUUAUUAUAACGCAGGAUUCACUCCGUGCAUUUAUCAACAGUGUUUGUCCGGGCACAUAUGUGUCCAUGACGAAAGUAAACUUUAGCGCGCUAGACCGCUUCAUCGUGAAGCCUGUUGGCGUGUACGGAAGUAAGAGUGAAAUUGUGCGACUCCUGUCAUCUCUGGGUGUCGUCGACGAAGAAUUCGCAAAACAACUCAUCACGAACCAAAGUGACUCCCACGUUUCAAUGCCGAGUCUUCGUUCUGGACUGUACAUUGUUCAUGCAGUUUGCGAGGCUACACCCGACCAACAGCUUUUCCUCAUCUACUGGCCGGAGGAUUCGACCUGGGAUGACUCAGCUCCUUCAUACCUCAUGAAAAUGUGUGAUCAAGUCACAGCACUCAUUUCCCCAGAGCAUGCUCGUUCGAUCGUAUGGAAUGACCAGGAAGGCGAAGACCAUGAUGAGUCUAGUAGGCUGUUCACGUUCGAAGUCGCGAAAACAAAUGAGCAGGAGGCAGUCAAGUCAUGCCCGGGAUUCAAGUCUCACCCAGAGGCAACAGUGAAUGUCAAAUUGCUGAAGCCUGAGUUGUUGUAUGGUGAGACGACUCAAGGGUUCAUGACCGCGUUACCUCUGCUGUUGAUCCCCUCUGCACCCCACUGGAAAUGA